UAAAUCUCGUUUCGAAAGGUCGAGAUCGCGAGAAUGUCCCUUACAGUAUUCAAUAUCAUGUGAUAGGCUUUGUGCCUUACUUCCUGCUUGUACUGCGCCGUGUAAACGACAAGAUGGCCCCAACCGACGAGGUCCUGGCGUUGUGCCUGCUUGGAUUACUGACGGCUUCAUCAGUUUCAGCAAUCAGUCUUGUGAUGGAUCGCCGCAUCCCUGUCGCAAAUCUGUCUUUAGCCCUGAACUGUUCACUUGACUCGAGUUCGCCAUCGGAAGUCGAGUUCGAACUGAAUGCCACAGUCGUGGGUACAUGUCAACUAAAUACUGGAGCCUGCAACUCUACGGAUGCAGGGUACAGUCUCAUCACAAGCGCAGGAUCAGCGGUUAGCCUCACAAUUCAAUCCUUCCAAGCAGGACAAGAUUAUGGCGAUUGGACUUGUCGCCACGGAUCAGCAACAGACCAAAUAUAUAUCCAAACGAGUUCAGGGCUACUACAGUGGUCAAGCGUCACAACAAACCCCACGCAAAGCAACAUCCCCUCAAGUCUGAAUUCAACAAGCUCCUUGACCAUUGCCCUCUCCAUCCCUUGUGUGAAGGGGCAAGCCAAUGUAAGCUGGACGUACACGACAGACGUGGGGAUGGGUGGCCCCCUAAAUGCAUUAUACUCCAGCAGCUCAUGCGGCGGAACGAGCGUGGUGACAAGUAGUUCUGUUACCGUGGUCGGAAAUAACCAGGCCAUGAAGAACAAGAGUGUCACUCUCCGGGUGCACGUGGAACAUGACUCCUUCGACCCAGCUAAAGAUUACACCGAGACAAAAGACUUUGGUCCAGUUCAAUUUCCAGGUGGUGUGACAUCGGUUACUCUCGUCAACAUCACGAGGGACAGCGAAUCCAUACAUAUAUUGGACGGCUCAAGUCUCGUUCUUAUCUGCGAGACUUCGAAAAGCUUUCCAACAGCAAGUGUAAAUUGGUACAGGAAUGGCAGUCAGAAUGUUACGUCACAAAGUGUCCAGCGACAGGAAGGGACGUCCGUUAAGAAAAAAACUAUCAGCACGCUGACGUACCCAGUGACCCCUGUUGAUAAUACUGGCCUAUUUUCUUGUAGAGCCUCCAACAGCCAAUCUUCCGUGUCCUCCUUUAACGCGAAACUCAACGUUGUCUAUUCUCCAUCAAGGCCGACACUGAACGUUUCCCCAUCCGCUGGCGUCCUUGAAGAACGCAAUGUAACUCUGACCUGUGUAUCCAGUAACCAAGGUAACCCUGAAUGUAUCUACAGGUGGACGAAGAAUGGAGUCUACGUGCAGCAUCGGGGAUCGACCUGGACGUUUACAUCCGGGCAACUAGAUAAUGGCGCGAACAUAACGUGUCUGGCGGAGAAUGAGUACACGAACAGCACCUCCACUGAGAUGACAUCAGCGCCUAAAAUACUAAAUGUCUAUUACAGGCCUCGUGUGAACGUAAGUGGCGCAAUUACAAAGACAGAAGGUGAAACUCUUCACCUCACCUGUUCUGCUGACAGUAACCCGGGGGGACCUUCCUUCACCUGGACCUAUAACUCCACCACCGUGUCAAACACCAAGACACACAUCAUGGCUAACAUCAGCCGGGAGUAUCAGGGCGUAUACAGUUGUUCCGCGAGAGUGACUGCGCCAGUAUACGGUUCUCUGGAGGGAAACUCAUCAACAACAGUCACAGUAAAUUACCCCCCAGACAUAACAAUGUCAGGAGUGACGCUGACUGAGGGACGGACCCUCACCCUGGUAUGCAGGGCCUCAGGCCAGCCCGCCACCUACACCUUCUUUGACUACAAGCAGUACUGGGGGAACACGCUGGUCAAUAGCUACAGGGGUACUCACGCUGGACCAACGUACACGCUACAGAAAGCGGGCGUCACGUACAGAGACUCAGGGGAAUACGAAUGUUCUGUGUACAACAGCAUAACUUCUACCGAGACGAAACGUGUUACCGUCACAGUCAACGCGGCACCGGAAUUUCUGUCUUCUUCAUCCCCCACUCUGGCAAUCGGUGCCAAUGUCACGUUGUCAUGGACCCUGGUCAGCAAGCCCAGCCUUCCAGGAAUCACCUGGUACCAUGGUAACCAAACACCGAGCUACCCUACUCCUGCAGUUACCUCUAUCAAUGUGGCGAUGAAUGUUUAUGGACGUCAAGUAGUGGACGAGGGGUUCCAGGUCCAGAUUCCGCUGCUAAACGUCCAGCCGAGUCAACUGGGGAGAUAUACAAUCACAGCAUGCAACUCUAUUGACUGCAGAAACAGCUCUUUGAGCCUACAUGCAUCAGGACCCCCACUGGUACCUUUGGAGUUUUCUGCCAUCAACUCCUCCAGCGAGUCUGUGUGGUUAAGAUGGAAACCCAACUUCCCUGGCGGUACUUUCAUCCAGAGCUUCAUCCUCCAGUACCGUGUGAAGCCCGGGGGUAACUGGACCAGCGAGACCGUACCCCAGGGGACUGGACCCUACACCCACAAGAGGGUGGUCGGCCUGGAGCCUGACACGGAGUACGCCUUUAAAGUGCAGUCGCGGAAUAAUCGAGGGAGCAACUUUCUUGGUCCAGAAACCUAUGAAGUAUUUCAGAAGACGAAGGAUGCUUGGAGUUCUGAAGCCCUUGGGACGGGCGUAGGGAUCGGUAUUGCUGCAUGUGUAGGCCUGGCCCUGCUCGUGGCGGUUCCACUGCUGGUGUUGAAGUUCCGUGCCCACAUUCCAAGAAUCUCACGUCCAUUCCCUAUAAAGGCGAACUCACCAAGGAAUGAAGAAACAAGUUCGUCGGAUGAUAGAGGUGAAGCGCCUGAGAAUCAUUAUACCGGACUUACAAGUCGCCCCGGGACUGUCCCGGCCGCUUAUGACACCAUCGUGUACCAGAACAGCCCCGCAACUCCUCAAGAAGGGAUUUAUCAAAAUGUGAAGCCAGCAGUAAAAACCAAACCAAAGCAUGGACGCAAAGGAAAGAAGCAUAACGAUGGGAAUAUCUAUGAAAACUGCUGACGGCCACGAGAUGGAGUAGACGCCAACUCUUAAGAACCAGCAGCAGUGCUUCCUUAAGAGGGAGUAUGAAGAUGAGUGAGUGAGUUGGGUUUAACGCCGCUUUUAACAGUAUUCCAGUUAUAUCGCGGCGUGUCAGCCUAAUGUGGGAGGAAAGCCCGAAGUGAUGCAGGUCUUAG